GAUUAUUAUGCUACGUAUGAGUUUUAAAUCCUUAGCUCAUGGGGUAUCAGCAGAGUGGCAAGGAUAAGAGAGAUUAUAGCAUAGAUAACAAGCAGAAUCCUAGGCACUGUCAUGAGUUCCUAGAGAGUCUUCAGAAUGUGAUCAAGACGAAGGAAGAAGUCUCUCAGAAGGAUCAGGACCACCCUCUGAGCAACCUCCUCUCCCAAGUCGGCCAGCUCCAAUACGACAUACGGCUCCUCUGGAUCUUUGUACUGACCUUAGCCUGGCUAGUAGCGGUACUGUAUCUAGCAUUUGGUGCCAUAUGGCCACUGGACUGGACACAUAUGAGGUCGCAUUGUAGGGGAUGGUUCAGGAAGGGUAGUCUGAGUCCAUGGGAGAUACUGAUGGUGGGUAAGAAGAAGGGAAGGGGGAUACUAGUGUUUUUUGGUGGGAGUAAUGGUAAAAGCAGUCGUGAUAACAUAACACCCAGGUUGCCCUGGUGAACAUGGGCACCUACACACC